AUAUUUCAUGCAAGGGAUAUGUAGGGAAGGAAAUAGGUGCCUAUUUUCACAUGACUUAUCCACAAGCAAACCAUCUACUAUCUGCAAAUUCUAUCAGAAGGGACAAUGUGCCUAUGGUGCUCACUGCAGAUACGAUCAUGUUAGACCUUCAGCAUCAGGUGGCAUGGUGCCUACGAGGACCCUUUACUCUGCUGCACCACCUUUGCAGAGUCUUGCAUCUCAGUCAGAGCAAAACGCACCUGUAACCAAAAGUAAAGUACAUGAAUCUGGAAGACGUGAAAAGAAAGCAAUAGUUCUCAGGGACAGGGACUUAUGUGGCUCAGGAGAAGAAAAGUCAAGAUCUAAUGCUGUGAGUGAUUUGGCAUGUUGCAGUGUCCAAAGUGAUUUUCCAGAAACAAAGCCCCAUUCGUAUUUGGAAGCAAUCCGCUCUGGCCUUGAAGAGGAAGACUCUGAGCCUGGAAGUUUGUGUACUAACGGCGAACAGCUAUGCCCUUAUGCAGCAGCUGGCACAUGUCAGUUUGGUGACCGAUGUCUCUAUCUCCAUGGGCAAGUAUGUGAAAUAUGUGGGUUACAAGUGCUUCACCCUUUUGAUCCAGAACAGAGGAAGAUUCAUGAGAAGAUGUGCAUGGCUACUUUUGAGCAUGAGAUGGAAAAAGCCUUUGCCUUUCAGGCAAGUCAGGACAAGGUGUGCAAUAUCUGUAUGGAGGUGGUGUAUGAGAAACCAUCUGCAUCCGAAAGAAGAUUUGGAAUCCUUUCUAACUGCAAUCACACAUAUUGUUUGUCCUGUAUCCGGCAGUGGAGGGGUGUCAAGCAGUUUGAGAAUCCUAUUAUAAAGUCCUGCCCAGAGUGUCGUGUGAUAUCUGAGUUUGUUAUUCCCAGUGUGUAUUGGGUAGAAGACCAGACCAAAAAGAAUGAGCUGAUUGAAGCUUUUAAACAGGGCAUGGGGAGAAAGGCUUGCAAGUACUUUGACCAGGGUAAGGGAACCUGCCCAUUUGGUGGGAAAUGUCUGUACCUCCAUGCAUAUCCUGACGGAAGAAGGGCUGAACCAGAGAAACCACGGAAACAGCUUAGCUCUGAGGGGACAGUCCGGUUUCUCAACUCUGUUCGACUCUGGGAUUUUAUCGAGGAUCGAGAGAGCAGGACACUGCCAGUUACUGAUAAUGUGACUGAGCUUGGAGAGCUUUUCAUGCAUCUCUCGGGAACAGAUGGUGAAUCUUCUGCUCCUUCCUGAAAUACAAGAUCUCUACUACCACGUUGUCUCCUAUAUCAGUCCUUCUGUACUUUAGAUAGCUUUAUACUGUUUACCACAAUAUUCAAAUUACUGUGCCAUGGGGCUUAUUGAGGUCCUGGUGAAAUUUUAGUACAACACUGUUGCUGCAGAGCAAAAUUGUUUUAAGUCCAAUAAAAGUGAGUGCUUUGGA